AUUCAGUGUUGAAACACACCCCCACCACCCUUAAUCCAUCACCAUGAAGAUCCUGACCAAGGCAGAAGAGGAUGCUCACUACCGGUAAGCAGCGAACCGCCACCCCGCCACCUGUCGAAUUCAAUCCACGAUCGCAAUAUGGCAGCCAUGGUGUCUUUUCCUCAAGCUAACAACCGAAACAGAGAGGUCGUCAAAGGCGGCACGAUCGGCACAAUCCUCGGCCUCAUCGGCGGCGGCGCAGGCGUACUGGCCGCAGCCCGCCGCUACCCCACAAUCCGCAACCUCACCAUCCCCAUGAAAGCCUUCCUGGUCACCUCGUCCGGUACCUUCGUGGGUAUCGUGGCAGCGGAUCACGCCUCGCGGGCGUACGAAGCCGAGCGCAACCAGACCGUCCAGUGGUACGAGAACCGCGAGCAACGGCUCCGCGAUAAGGAGCUCUCGAGCCUGUCGUUCGUCGACCGCACAGUGGCGUGGGCGAAGCGCGAGAAGUACAAGAUUGUGGGCGCGACGUGGAUUGCGUCGAUGAUUGGGUCGUUCGCGCUUGUCGGCCGGAACCCGUACCUCUCGGGUCAGCAGAAGCUUGUCCAGGCUCGUGUGUAUGCGCAGGGCUUGACGCUCGCCGUGCUGGUUGCUUCGGCGGGCUUUGAGAUCGCUGAUCAGAAGAAGGGGAAGGGCAUCCUUGAUGCGAAGAAGAAGGCUGAGGCUGCUGAGAAGGGCCAGAAGGCUGUUGAGGUUGCUCAGCCUGAAAAGGAGCAGAGCGGCGAUCUGUGGAAGGAUAUGGUCGCUGCUGAGGAGGAGAGACUGAAGAACAAGCAUGUGGAUCUUUACGAACAUCAUGAGAAGCAGAAGGACGCCAAGGAGCAGGCUGGUGAGGGCGCCAAGGAGCAGGCCCAGGCCCCCGCUAAGGCGGAGGGCAAGAAGGAAGCGUGAAGCUUGAUGACGGAUUAAAAAGUCUCAUUGGGUUUUACUCGGAUGGUGCAUGGUGUUGACUCCCCCUUGUUUUUACUUUCUUUAAUCAUGGCUGGUCCAUACGUUGAUUACAUGCGGUGGAUCUGCCUCUUUCCAUUGUGUUGUUUAUUGUGAUGUAUAUUGCGGUUAUCUCGCCGCUCUCUCCCCUAUCAUUCGUGUACAUGAUCUCUCGCUUUGGGUCUGUGUCCUUUUGUCUAUAUCUUGGUGUUGUUAUACAUUCAC